GCCGGGUUCAAGAAGGCGGAUGUUUGUUGCGUUUGCUAAAGUUGAAUUUUGAAAGAAAUCUUUAUUGUUCCUGUUGAAUUUAAAAGAUCCGAUAUUAGUUGGAGUGUGUCGCGGGGUCUUGUAGUUUUUUGAGCUGGCGUUUAUGUAGUUUACAUUUGUGCAGUGCAAAAUACAACAUCCUUCUGUUUUUCCAUUGCGGUCGGAAUCAUAGCGCAUAUGAUUAUUGAAAUAUGCGUUAUGCUUUUGACAACAAUAUUUGCAUUUCGUUUUAUUAUUUUCCUAGAGAACAGUGUAGUCCAACAAUAGCAAUUACCGGUGUAUGUAUAGUCUAUACAUUAUAUUAGUCACCCAGGUUUAAACACAGCACUUCCAACUUGCUGUUACAUAUUCACAAGAAGAAAAGACGUUUGUAUUUUUUUUUUUAUACAUAAAAAUUACCGUUCAUGAACAAAUUGUCACGAUUAAUGUUAAGGAACUCAUGGAGCUUCCCAACUACAGCAGGCAGCUGAUGCAGCAGCUUUACACUUUAAGGAAGGAAGGCCAGUUCUGUGACUGCACCAUUCUCCUAGGAGUCACCCCCUACAGAGCCCACAAGCUAGUCCUGGCUGCCUCCAGCUUACUCUUCAAAUCGCUGCUUGAGAACUCGGAGACAAUUUCCAUAGACCCUUCUGUUGCCACCUCAGAUGAGUUUGCUAACCUGCUGGAGAUGAUCUACACAGGCAAGCUGCCUCCCGGCAAACACAACUUUACCAAAGUCAUCUCCAUCGCAGACAGCCUGCAGAUGUUCGAUGUGGCGGUGAGCUGCAAGAAUAUCCUAAACAGUCUAUUAAAAAGAUCCACAUGUGAACAAGCAGAGUCCAGCAGAGAUGCUAGCUGUGCAGAACCUGCUCCAGAUCAUACCAGGGACAACCAGGCUUUGGUACCUGCUGCAGUAACCACACACGAGUCCAAGAAAGAUGCCCCUGAGCUCUCCACCACUUUGAACUUAAAAGAAGCGCAGGAAGACGCACCCCUUUUGGAAGUUCAUCAGCAGCUGAGUGAAAUUGGGGAUCUGGAAAGGUCUACAAAGCCUAUAUUCUCUGCAGAAGUGAAAGACGAUCUGACUGAGGAGAGUGGCAUUCAGGACCCUUCAGAAGGCAGCCAUGAAGAUUCUCCACCUCGGAAGAGGUGUCGAUUAGCAUUAUCUGACGGGUCUGAGGAUGACCUGGAUGUUUUGGUGCAGAGCAGGAGUCGAAUUGCUGAAGCGAUUAAAGAUGCACAGCCACUCGUUCAUUUAGUUGAGACCUGUGAGUCACUUUCAAGCUCAGAGAAACAGAUUAUUUUAGAUUGCUGUAAAGAAGAUCAAGGUGUUCCAAACGUUUUUGACCGGUUACUCAACAAAGUCACUGAUGAGAAGAGUCUCCCUGUGGAUACCCUGUUGUCAGUACUAGGCCUCUUAAGGGAUUCCUACCCAGAGCUAAACAAUGUGCUUCAGACUAGAAGUCUAAGUGAAGACAGCUGUGCCGCACAGACAGCAGGUGCUGCUCCAGAGGACAGAGCGUUCUUUGACUUGCUUCUUGCUCAUGUCGAUGAGCUGGGGGACAGUGUGACUGAGCUGAGCCCCAUCACUGAGUGCUUGGAAACGGCAACGGAAGGAUUUCUAACAGAACUGGAGAAGGAGACUGUUCUUGAAUGCUGUAAAGGAGUGUCCCCCAAGGAAGCCAUUGCAAAUCUUUUAAACAAGGUGAUGACAGAGAAGAGUGUAGAUCAGAUCAGCCUGUUGAAACUGCUCCAUGCAGUUAAAGAGGCCUUCCCCAACCUGCAGCUGCUAUUGGAGAGAAUUAAAGCAGAGUGGGCACAGCGCGGGGGAACAGAAGAGAAGAGCCUAGAGGAAUAUGGAGCAGAGCUCUUGAGGAGAUACCAUGAAAGUCUCUGUGAGGUACUGAGUGAGCCCCAGCCUCUCACUGACAGCCUAGCAGCAGCUGGAGAUAUCCCUACAGAGGAAAGAGAGUUUGUGAAGAGGAUGCUGGAGGAGGAUAAGGACCCUGGCAGCUUUGGCCGGAUGAUCUCUGUGGUUCUGGAGGAGCGCAGCAUACAGACCCUGUCAGUGUGGAGGAUGCUGCUCAGAGCACAGGGAGAGGUUCCACUUCUAGCUUUACUGAUAGAGGAGAUCAGGAGGGACCCGGACGCGGAUAAGCUCAUCCAAUCAGUCUUUGACAAGGAAAGCAGAGCAUUGGAUAUUUUAUUCAGACAUAAGGAGUUGGUCACAGAGGCGAUUGAUGACCUUGGCGUAUUAUUAGCCUGUGUAGCACAGGGUGUGGAGUGUCCAACGGGGGAUGCCAUUGAGAUUAUAAGAAACUGUUGCAAGAAAGAAGGUCCAGGGGAGUCAGUAACUAGUCUUUUAAAUAAAAUACUUGAAGAAAAAUCAAUUUCAGCUCUUCCGUUUUGCAAGCUGCUGUGCAUCAUCAGAGAGUCCUUUCCCAGUCUCAUGCCACUGGUUGAAGAGUUGGAGCGAGCAGAAACAGAAACUGAAGAAUAUGCAAAAGGAAAGCUAAAGAAGCAGAGAGGCGUGGAGAUGGAGGUGAUGCUGGAUGAGAAGAGCAGCCCCUCCGACCUGAACGAGGAGAUGCAGAAGAGGAGCAGCAAGCAAGGCUUCAACUGCAAGUGGUGUGACAAGAGCUUUGAGUUCAAGUGCAGGAUGGAGGUGCAUCUGAAGCGCUGCCGCCUGGCCUUGCAGGCUCCGGUGGAGUGCCCGGAGUGCGGGGAGACCAUGGCCUCUUUGAGAGCCCUGCAGCUGCACACCUCGCAGUCCCACGGAGACGCCCCCAGGAAGAAGAGGAAGCAGGGGGCCGUGACCUGCGACAUCUGCAGCAAAAGCUUUGCACAUCAGUCAGGCAUGCUUUACCACAAGCGCGCAGACCACUUUGAUGAGAAGCCCUAUUCCUGUGAUCAGUGUGGGGCAAAGUUUGCUGCCAACUCCACCCUGAAGAACCACAAGAGACUGCAUACUGGAGAGAGGCCCUUCUUCUGCAAGCACUGUGACAUGAUGUUCACACAGGCUGCGGCGCUUGCUUACCACACCAAGAAAAAGCACUCUGAAGGUAAGAUGUAUGCCUGCCAGUACUGUGACAAUGUGUUUGCCCAGUCCAUCGAGCUCACCCGCCACGUGAGGACGCACACGGGAGACAAGCCGUACGUGUGCAGGGAGUGUGGGAAAGGGUUCAGCCAAGCCAACGGCCUGUCCGUCCAUCUGCACACCUUCCACAAUAUAGAGGACCCCUAUGACUGCCAGAAGUGCCGGAUGAGUUUCCUCACCCUGGAUGAGCACAAGAAGCACAUCCAGGUGGUCCAUCCUCGGGAGUACUACCCCUGUGAGACCUGCUCUAAAGUCUUCAGCGCCUCUUCUGUGUUGGAGAGACACAUGGUCACCCAUGUGGGAGGGAAGCCUUACAAAUGCGAGAUCUGCAACAAAGCAUAUCAGCAACUCUCAGGACUGUGGUAUCACAACCGCACCCAUCAUCCUGAUAUAUUUGCUGCGCAGAAUCAUCGCUCUUCAAAGUUUGCUUCUUUCCCGUGCUCCUCUUGUGACAAAUCAUUUCCCAACAUAACAUCUCUCAAAAGACACAUGAAAGCAGAUCAUGCAGAUGCAGAGCUUUAUGAGUGCCAGAGCUGUAAAGAGGUCUUCUCUACAUUGGGGCUACUAAAGAAGCACACCACAACCAAACACACAGGCGCACUGCAGAACCAAGUCAGCACUGAGCAUUUCAGCCAUGACGGGGAGGUCUUCCGGUGUGGCCACUGUGCCCUUCUCCUCCCCUCCCAGCAGUCCCUGGAACAGCACUUCCAAACCCAGCACCCGGGGGCAGGACUGGUCCAGGCUCCAGCCACUGCAGCACAGAUGGUUAUCCAGGCAUCUGAACAGACGGAGGUGUCCGAGGAGCUGAUUGCCCUGGAAGAGACUCAGCUUGGCAGAUCACAAGUGUACGUUGCCCUGGCAGAUUCCCAGAACAAUGCGUCCGGAUCGGAGAUCAUCGCUGUCAGCAUGGAGGACUUGCUGGAUGGAACAGUCACUCUGAUCUGCGGAGCAGAAGCUCAGUGACAUCUCACAAGACACACCUAGUUUAGCACAUUUAACCAUUUUUGCCAUGCUUAAUUAUGUCUAAUGAUUUCUAGGCAAAUAUACAAAAUACUGUGUACAUAUAAAACAUCCUUUCAAGAGUAAUUCAUAAUAAAAAAUAAUGGUAUUUUAACUUCCUGAUAAUGGGAUUAGUUUUGGCAGAUUUAAACCCACUUUUUUUAAAUUAUGCGUCUUCUUUUUUUGGAAAUUUAGGAUUUCAGACCAUGGUCACAAGGCAUUUACCUUAGAGCUUAGUUUAAACUGUCCAGUGUUCAAAAUAAUAAAUUCAGUGCUUUAAUUGUUAUUUUGGGUGCAGUCUAUAGCACCAACAAUAUUGGGGACCCCAGCAAUUAAAUGAAAAUCCCUUUUUAUUUUAAUCUGCUGUCCAUCAAUAUAAGGAAACUGAAUGUACUAAGGACAAAGAGCAAUGAUGGAGUCCAAAACCACUGGCAUUAGUGCACUAAAAGAGGCUUGUGAAAUGUCACUUAUGUCUCCGGUCUGUCUUUUGAAAGAUAACAAUGGCCAAAAAGCCAAGAGUAGACAGGACUUGUAUAUGUGCAGGAAGGGGAUGAGUGCGCUGGGUUGGUUUGUGUAGCCUAGGUCCCAACAUAUCGCACAACUCCAAUAGGACUUCCUUGUGAAAGCGGUAUCUUGCAAAAAGUGUUUGUGUGCUUUGUGCACAGAAGUGAUAACGGUCCCUAAACACUCUCUCUCUGUCAAUGAAAAGUGGCAUUAGCAAGGUCUUCCAAAAGAGCGAGAUCAGCCAUUUUCAAGUGGUUUACAAUUAUUCUGAGACUUUAUAGUGAAAAUGUUUAUGUGUUAAUAGCUGCACGUCUGUUUCUACUUACAUUAUUGUGUAAUUCACAAUGCUAGACAGAAAGGAUAACAACAUUGUUUUCUAUUUAGUUUGUAAUACUCAUGGUGGUGAGAAUCAAUAUUGAUACCACGGUGUGGAUAAUAAUUCUAAUAUUAGGCUAAUUUAUAUGUACACGUCAAAUUUCAGUUACACACGCAAUUGUUUUUCACUACACACUGAUGGUGUAUCUAUAAUAGGGGUUACAUUUUUUUUCUUGCAGAACCAUCAUUCUAACACAAGGAAACAAUCGUACGCAUGCUCCAGAAUGAGUCUACGGACAUUUCCACGCAAAUUUGUAUGUUGAUAAAUCUCAUACUUUCAGUUUAGAAUGAAAUGUGUGCGUACGCACAAUUGACGAAUAUAGCCCCAGGCAUGCUGACCCAGACCACAGGGCAAUGUCAGGUUGAAGGGUAGUUGUAGCAAAUCUCGGGUGGGAAAAUAAGGUGCUGGCCAAUAUCAGCAUGCAAUCUUCAAUCUCUAGUGGCUUCUAAUGGUCCAUGGCAAAUCUUAGUUCUAGUAACUGUUGCUGGCUCUCCUGGAUGAGGAAUGUCGCUCUGAGUGCAGCUAUUGCUGAUCUUGGCAGCGAGCUGUUGAUCUUAUUACAUUGUUCUUCCAGUGCUAAUGCCAAGCAUUACAGCACCUGGUCAUGAUGCCAAGUGAAGCGACCCUGGCACAGAGCUACCUUACAUCCUGUAAGAAUGUGCUCUGGGUAGCUGGUGAUGAACACAAUGGACUUGCAGGUUUCUCCUCUACCCGCACAUUCAGUUUCUGUGCUGAUGGAAGAACAUCAUAUGUGGACCUAAUCAGGAAGCUGAUCCUCCUCUGUUCCAUUGUCCACAGGUCUCGCCAACCAGUCUUCCACUCUUCCAUUCUCCCGUCACUACUUUUCUCUCUGCUUAGCCUGGGACGACUCCUUGACACACCUCAUCCUUCUUGUUUAUCACUUCAGUGACUACCAAUUUUCUUCUUUCAGGUGGAGCUGCUUCGUGCCUUUUGGGGGAGCCAAACUGACUAAAUGAAUGUACAGGGUACACAUGUAACAAACAGGAAUAUUUGGAAAAGAUGACACAGAAAAAAGUUAUGAUUGUCAUACUCUGCAAUACCUAAUUCACUCACUCAAACGGUAGCAGAACACACAAAAGUUUCCUGCUUCUAAUUGUCGAACUGCAUGUCAUACGGAUCUUGUCAUUUCGUUCAGGAUGAAGAGAGGAGUUGUGUUUGGAGAGAGAUGUGGGUUUAAGAUUGACAACUACAAGAUGACCCAGUUCCUUAGAGAUUCAAAAAAGAGGAAACAACUAGUGACAAACGCAAUAUGUAUAUACAAACCAUUCUUUAUGAUUACUGUGCAUAUUGCAUAGAGAGCUCCUAUCCAGUAAGCUUGAGGAACGACGGGACGUAACGCUAUGAACGAUACUAGUAAGUGCAAUUCCAUCGAGACCUGUCUAUACAUGAGAAUUUUUUUAAAUGUAAUAUUCUGUUACUGUUCAUUAUAAAGAGUUGCACUUUUCUGUCAGGUUGAACACAAAAUAA